GGCAAGGGCCGGUUGUACGCUUGUGCUGUGUCUGCCAAGGCGCAAGGCCUUGGUGAUCUGGCGGAGGCGUGAGAGAUUUCUCCCCCAAAAUUAAGUGUGCAUCGAUAACAUUCAUUUUGUUUAACGCAUCGCUAUCUAGAAAUCCCAGUUGCGUAUUGCUGCAGACAUGGGAGGCAACAACAGCACGCGCCGCGUCUCCUUUGAAUCGGACGAGAAUGACAACAUUACGAUUGUGAAGGGCAUUAGGCUGUCGGAGAACGUCAUCAACCGCAUGAGGGAGACGUCCCCGCCCCCGGUGUGCCCGCGGUCACCGCCACGGGUCCCGAUGCCUUCGCUCCCUGUCGAACCUGUGCCCCCUCUGUUGCCGCCACCUCCCCCCUUUGAACCCGUGACCCCCGUGUUGCCACCUCCCCCUGUCGAAGCUGUGACCCCCCCUCCCCCACCCCCUCCUGUUGUUGAGACUGUAGCGCCCCUUCCCACGCCUCCCCUUGUUGAGAUUGAGCUGCGGAGGAGGAUCACAGAGGAGCUGCAGAGAGGGCUGGAGGAGGAGAGGAGCCAGAGGGAGCUGGAUCUGCACCAGCGGCUGGACGAGGAGAAGGCUCAGGCCAAAGCCCAGGCAGAGGCUCAGAUUCAGGACGAGGUCGGGCGGAUCCUGGAGGUGGAGCGGGCGGCCCACCAGGAGACCAUCAAACGGGCCGUCCUGAGGGAGCGGGUCACCGCUGAGGACGAGCGUCUGCGCGCCCAGCUUUACGCCCACCAGCUGGAGGAAAGGGAGCGGGAGCUGAGGAAGCAGGAUGCCUUCUACAGGGAGCAAGUGGCCAAGCUGGAGGAGAGGAGCGCAAAGUUCUACAAGGUCACCACGGAGAACUACCACAAGGCCGCCGACGAGGUGAACGCGAAGUUCAAGCGUUAUGAGAUUAAGCCCGUCUGCGCUGACCUGCAGGGACAGAUACUGAAGUGCUACCGAGAGAACGCGGGACAGACCCUCUCCUGCUCCAAAAUCGCCACGCUCUACCUGCAGUGUGUCAACGAUGCCAAACAGAACAAGAUGAGGACAGGAGGUUAGCGCCCUGCGCUAUCAAGGAGCAGCCGCGCCUCUUUUUUUGCGAUGGCGUUACCGUUAUUGACCAGGAGGAGGACAGUCACGACCAGAGACACACCCGACCCAGGAGACCAGACCAGAGACUCAGAACAAAGCAGCCAGAAGGAGGGAUCCCCGGCUACCCGUUUGCCUGUCCUUGCUCCACCGGGGGGGGGAUUAGGUUCACGACCCGCUGCUCUCUGUCCACCUCUCUCUACUCCGCGAGGGGGGAACCAGUUCACUUCCCACUACUCCCUGUCUACCUCUCCCUUCUUUACAAAGAGGAAAUAGGUUCACUUCCCACUACUGCCUGUCUAUUUCUCCCUCGUUUGUAAAGGGAAAAUAUGUUCACGUUCCACUACUUCCUGUCUACCUCUCCCUUCUUGUAAAGGUCAAUAGGUUUACUUCUCACUACUCCCUGUCUACCUCUCCCUUCUUUUAGGGGAAUUAGGUUCACUGCCCGCCACCCGCUGCAUACUCCCCAGCAGGAGAACAGGUUCACCGCACUCUAUCCCACCCCCCUGUCUCUCUCCCCUUGCUCUACAAGGAAGAGAGAACAGGGUCGCGACUCCCUGCUCCCUCCCAACCUAGCUACUCAACAUGGGGUUGGAGCAGGGGGGGGUGUAAUUGCUUCACCGCCACACAGGAGAUCUGUAACGCAACACAAAACACUCAUUCCCUGCGACAUCUGGAAGCAGACCAAGCGUCCGGUCCGGUUCCAGUGUGCAAGAAAGCAGGCCCGUCUGUUGAAACCAAUCCGAGGGAACCCCUACCAGACGAUACCAGCAGCACCCAGCAGCAGGGCCCUUCCACACUUCCUCUUUCUCUCCUUCACCACGCAUCGGGAAUAAAACAGUUCUUUUUGUCUGCGUGUGCGUGUUUCGCUUAUUGUGACGGUUCUGCUUCCUUUUGGGCAUUCGCUGUUCAUCCCGUCUGUGUGUGUGUGUGUGUGUGCGCGCGAUGUUGAAGGCAUAGUCGCUUGCUUUGUUUUGAUCUGCACGAUGAUCCGCAACCAGUCUGGCACAUGAGGAAAAAACAAUGAAAAUAUGUUGUAAUUGCCACUGAACAUGUCCUAUCAAUAAUACAUUCUCUGCACACGC